AUAGUCCACUCUCAAACCAUUAGAGAACCAAUAGACUUUGGGUAGUGGUUAAUGUAUUCUUUAAGGUUGACAUGGAAACGAUAUUGUUACUAAGAUCGACAUAAAUCAUGAUGUUUUCAAAACUUUUUAACGAUAUUAUGGUACUAAAGAAUAAUCAAUAAAUAUUGUUUUAUAAGAGAUUAAUUAGUAUUCAGUGAAAACUAAAUGGAGUAGACGGUAAAAAAAGAUUUCCAGUAUUAUGCCAUUUCAUGAAGCACCCAGUGUUGAGCUGGGAUCAGCACCAAGAACACCAAGUGUUAUUGCCUCGCCAUCUCCAUCAGAGGUUUCUAGUGCAAGCUCAUCGGAACCACAUAACGUUCGAGCAACGCCGCUGUUCAGGGCCCUGGCAUUACGGCCCCCAGAACCGGAACAACCUCCAGGACAAGAUGAAUUGGAGCGACGCCUGCCGGGUUACAGGCGAAUCGUUAUACCCCGGGAAUUAACUCUCAUUGAAUUGCUUAAGCAGAGCAGCGGUGUGACAGCUGAUGACGAAGUCCUGAGAAUCCGCGAAGCAAAGUUAAAAGUUGUGGCCGAGCGUGUAGGCUUACGACGUCUUCAUGUUUUAGCUCCACACUUGAGAAAAUUGAUACUCGAUGGCAGUGCAAUAUCCUCUCUACGAGACCUGGGUAUUGGCCUGAUCCAUUUAAAGGUGCUUAGCGUCAAUCGUUGUGGGCUUACAUCGUUGGACGGAAUAUGGGGUCUUGGGACCUUACGAGAACUUCACGCAGCAGGAAAUCGAUUGCGUGAUCUUCAUCCUUUGGCUGUGUUACAGAAGCUGCAUACGCUAAAUCUGGCCGACAAUCCUCUGGAGGAAACAAGUCGCCUUUGGACUCUGGGCGUAUGUGGUGCAUUGCGACAUAUAACAUUGAGGGGCACUCCUUUGGCCAACCUCAUGGAGUACCGAACAUUGGUGGCCUCAGCUCUGCCAAUGCUGACGCAUCUAGAUGAUUUUCCUCUUCAAGAUGAUAGUGUUAUCGAUGAGGCUAUUGAAGCCUCUUCGGAGUCCGAUGCUGACGUCAGCGAUAUUGAACUAGAUAAACCAUCUAAUGUGCAAUCUGAUCCACAACCUGGUCCAUCACAUGAGACUAAAGGAUACGAACCAGUCGUCUGUCUAGAGCCCAUUCAACCAACGGCUCGUAAACGACCAGCGACAACAGAAUGCGUUGGUCUUCGGCCGAGAAUAAAUGUCCCACCAAGACCAAAGACAGCAGUAGAACGAAAUACACCAUCCAAAUUGCACGUGGUUAACACACUUUUAGACAAUGAGUGGCACUGCAGCGGCAGUAAGCUGACUUCGAGUGGACCAGUUUAUGGGAAUUUAGCAAGGGCUUUACGAAGACCGAGAAAAAGCCGCGAUAGUUCAAAUUCCGAUAUAUUUGUUGAACAAACACUGGACGUGACCUAUAGCGCUGUUGCCGCAGAAAUACCGCGAGCUCUCACUUCGGAACUAUGGGAUAAAUUCAAAGAAGACACUGGAAUUGAAAUCGAUAUAGACUUCAAUGAAAGACCAAAAGGUGCAGAUCCAAACAAAGCCAUUGAACGUUUAGAAAAAAUCGAGAAGGAAACAAUGGAACGUUUGAACAACGAAAACCCUGACUCGAAUUUCACACGCAACGUGUAUAACUUUGCUUCGGAUCCCGCUAGAAUAUUCUCAAGUGGCCUAAAUGAUGAAUUGUGGAGGGGAAUCGAAGAUCUGGCAUUACCUGAUACGGAAUAUACGGGAAAUUUACAACAUUGAGUGAGGUUUAUUAGAAUUUUAUAGGAUCUUGAUGCAUAUAUCUUAACAUGUAUCGGUGAAAUGAAAGCUGUUGCGAAAUUGAAAAUCUUUAAAGCUUUUGUAUAGAUGUGAACCUUUCCGCCAAUAAAUCACUCCAAUCUCGUCCAUUUGAAGAUGACUUUUCGAAACUUAGGAAACAAUAAUUUGUAUGAAAUUUGGUCACGUUGCGUCUAAAAAUAAAUU